AUGGAGAGCCUUCAACUAUCUCAGGUCCUCGCCGACCUUAGCAAUCUCGGUGCCGCUGAUCCAGGAGCCGCCGAGGCCAUCGUCAGCGCCAGCAGUGCCUCCCACUCCAGUUACACCCGAAUCGACACAGCUACCGCUUCAACUACGACUGCUCCUACCUCAAAUCCUGCUCCCCAGAACCAAAAACGUCCCACCGGUCUGCAACGCCAUUGGUCUUCAGAGAAAUUCGACAAGUUCGGUCGCCGCAUUCUUUCACAAGGCUCCCAUUCUGGCUCAGCCGCGAAUUCUGGCCCUGGCACCCCUCGCCGCGGGGAAUCUGAUUUUGAAGAGGAUUUGGAAAGGGCAAGCACGCUCAUGCAACUAUACGACAUUCGCUCCAAGAUCAAGCAGCAAGAUAACAGCAGUCUGCUCAAGGCCCGCGAGAAGGUCAAUGCGAUAGCGGCGCGACAACAAGCUCAGCAGGCAGCGGAGCGUAAUAUCAAAGCAGCUGACGAGCUUCGACGACAACGUUACUCCUUCCCCCGAGCUGGUCUCUAA